ACUAAAUACUGACAUCUGACCAAGAAACCAUAGUUUGUCAGUGUUCUUCCAAGUAGAACUGGUGUUUCAUGACAACAUGGCUCAUUCAGCUCACAUCUUAAUUACACAAGUGCUUUGCCUUGAGAUAACUAUCUACUUCAGGAAGGAACAUAACUGAUUUAUGAGUACUUUCCAUUUCAUCAUGCAGAAUAUUAACAAGGCAAGUGCUCAAGGGUGGAGAUUUGAUAAGAUUGAUAGUGUUUACUAUGCCCUCAAAGACAUUCUUCGGUGAAACUGAUAUUUUGUUUGUUUUGAAUAAACUUUAUUUUUAAAAAUGGUUUUAGAUAUAUAGAAAAAUCAUAAAGAUAAUGUAGAGAGUUACCAUAUAUCCACAUCCAUUUGUUGGUUUUUCACUGCUACCAGAUAUUGAUGAAGAAUGAAAUGACUACUAGUAGAAUUUGUAGCCACUGUCUUAAUUCAUGCCAUAGCACUAGCAGUUUUACCCACCAUUACUUUUACACUAUCAGUGCCAAUGUCAACCCAGUGACAUUCUCAGAAGACAAAUAGUAUCUUAAUAUUGCUAGGAAAAUAAUGUUGAGUCCAGGGUCCCCUGAAAGAGUCUUGAAUACCUGCAGGGAUCCAGGGACUACUGCUGCGUUAGAAGAAUACAAAUACUUCUUAUAUGUUGUCAUCAAAUACAAUAGAAAAGUGGAUCAAUCAUGGAGAGAGACAAAAGGAGGUGGAAGAAGGGAAGGGAGGAGAGAGAUCUCAUCUAGAAAACCUAACGAUCCCAUUAUUCUCCUCAUUUCUUUGCCUCCUGAUCCUGGACACAACACUUUUGCUGGAAACCUCUGAAUGAUGUGCUAGGUCAUUGCUGUGAACUACAAGUGCCCAACAUUGCCUCAACACCCCUUGGUACAUACAAAACUUGGUACAUGGCAUUGUGGAUGGGGUAUGUGCCUGCUUGUCCCCUUCACUGUAUCUCAAUCAAGGUUGACUGAACCAGGCAUGAAAACCUGGUUAGCGGAAGCAAAUCACAGUUUGGGCUGAAGCAAUCAAGCUCUCCAAACUUCAUGACAUUUGGUCAUGGAUGGAGUCAAUGCAUUAAUUCAAAGGGGUGAUAGGGGUCGGAUUUAGAAAGCUGAUUUGUAAGGUGCCCUCUCAGGCAAUGCUGGUUUGCCUGAGACUUUCCUGGUUUUAGCACUGAAAGUCCUGUAUCCUGGGAACGCCCUCAGUCCCAGGCAAACUGGGUGGUCAGUCAUCCUCCGAGGGCGCCAUUGUGGAGCAGCCACAUUCAUCCAUGCAGAAAUAGACAAGGGAAGCAGACACAUGUAAGCAGAGGUGUGAGAUUAUGGAGCCAAACCUGGAGUCAGUGAGAGCACCUACCUUGAUUCCUGAUGAUUUUCUGUUCCUUAAUCUACCCACCCAUUCAUCCCUCUAUUGGACCAAAGCUUACUGAGCAUUCAUCUUGUGCCAGGCGAUUACGUAGGGACAGGGAUAGCAUUGAGGCCUACGUAUACUUCUCAGUCUUAGAUUUUCUAAGACACCUGAAACUCUGCCAACAAAUUCCAUUUUUUAUUUAAUGAAACCAACCCAUCCCUAAAAUACUUGCCUGUUAAAAUGAUGGAAGGGAUGGGAAAGAGGGCAGAAGGAGGGUGCUUCAGCUUAAAAAUUCUACAACACUUUGAAUCAGCGCGUAAAGGACUCCCUUGUUUAUGGCCUAUGUCAACCUGUAUCUCCCUGUGGGGUCCAGUUUGGGAAGAGUGGCAUCCAUGGAUAUUAAUGGCUGGUAACAGGAGGAUUAAGCAGCCACUUUUAGACCUAUGCUGGGAAUGAGGAAAGUUCCAGUGCUGUUCUAAGGGUUCUCCAAUGAAUUCUGGAUAUGUCCACUGGACCAAUGGCUUUCAAACACUUUUAAUCUUGACGCAAAGAAAAGCAUACAGCAAAUGUGGUAGAUACCACCACUCUGCAGCAAUUAAAAGGAAUGGACCAGAUACAUAGAUAGUGUCCUUUUAAUUUGUGUCAUUUUAUGUAAAUUAUAAAAAAUUCCCCCAAAGUAAGAUACAUUUUGUAAGAAUGCACAUAUAACAAAAAAGACAACACGUUAAACAUAUUAUAAUGGCUGUCUCUAGGGUACAGGAGGUGAAUGGAAGUGAAGGAAGUAAAAUAAGGGAAAGAACUCGUGCUGACCAAUGUGAAGACAUGCAAAGAACUAAUUAGUAUAAUCCAGAUUUUUUUAAAGUGCAUUUUACCUAGCAAUCCAGUACACACAUAAAUAUGUUUAGCUGUAACAAAUGUUGCACAAAUUAUUAUUUAUCUUCAUUAUGUUCAAUAUUCUCUAGUUUUGUCCUAUUUGAAUUUUUUUAAAAAUGUUGGUUGCAACCCACUAACUUGAUUUCACAUCUUCCUAAUAUGAUGAGGACUCAUAGUUGGAAAACUCUGCACCACACGUCAGUGCAAAGAGCCAUGUCUUCAGUAACAGAUCAUCCAGUGGUUCUAAAUUUGUUUGGCAAAGACUCCAAAAUGAAUUAAGUACAGAAGUGUUUGCAGGGAGUAGAAACAUUUUCCCCUCUUCCAUUGUACAUAGAUAUAUUUUGGAUUCAUUUCUAUUCCUGAUUGAAGUUUAGAACUACAGUGUGGUGGGCAAAAUCAUGACCCCCCAAAGACAUCCACAUCCUAAUCCCUGGAAUUUACAAAUUUAUUAUCUGAUAUGGCAAAGGAGAAGUAAGUUUGCAGGUGAAAUUAAGAUUGUUAAUCAGCUCAUCUUAAAAUAGGGAGAUUACUUUGGAUUAUCUAGUUGGGCCCAAUGGGUCAUAAGGGCCCUUGAAAAAGGAAGAUGGAAGUAGAGGAGAUCAGAGUGAUGCAAGUGAGCAGGACUCCACUUGCCUUUGCCAGCUUGGAGGAUGCAGGGAGAAGGUCACCAGCCAAGGAAGGUGGCAGCCUCUAGAAGAAAAGCAAGGGAGUGGAUCGUACCUGGUACUUGCAGAAGGGAAUGUAGCACAAUGACCUAAUUCUAGUCCAGCGAGAUUCAUGUCAGACUUUGGCCUACAGAACAAUAAGAUAAUGAUUUUGUGUGUUUAAGCCACUAAAAUUUUGUAGUAAUUUGUUACAGCAGCAAAUGUAAAAUAUAUGCAUACAGUUUAUUUGUUAGUUCAUUUAAAAAAGUUGGAUCUUGGUACAAAACUGGUAACUACAAAUCCCAUAAUUCUUCACUCUGAGGAAGGAGCUCUAAGCUUCAGACAAGUUAUUACAAAUGCAAGCAGAGUUGCUUGGCAACAAAAAAAUAAACAGUUUUGGAAGCAGUCAGCUCAAGAUUGGAAUCACCAACGUCCUCUUCUUGUUCAGUCUUUUGGUAUAUAUUUCUGCUUUUUCUUUCUUUUUAAAAAAAUUCGGAGUGUUUGAAAAGAUCAAAAUCAUCACUCAUGAUAAUUUUCCCAAAUAUGGGAAUUCACUGGAUGGUAAAAAUAGGAGAAACAAUGGCUCUCAGAGAGUCUCCUGAAUAGAGGAUCUAACUCCACUACUACUUCGCUGGGCAAGAAUGUGGGCUCUUAAAUUCUAUAACUGUGAACACUGUGGUAGUGACUUUGUCAGCCACACGGCUCUGAAGUAUCACCUUCGACUAAAGCAUCUUGGAAAAGUUCACUGUGAAGAAUGUGGCCAGGAAGUCCUGAGGGAAAAGCUUGAAGACCACAGUAAGUCUGUGCAUGACAGGUCAAUCGUGGAGACACACAACCUAAACUGGGAAAAUCUAGAAGACAGGAGUAUAAAACAUGUGGCUACAAAAAUAUCAAAAACUCACAGGAUGUGUUCUGAGUACUUUGGAACAGUCCACAGUCAGGAGAUUCCUGAAAUACAAGAGCAUCACUUCAUAGCCAAUAAAAGAGCCCAAAUGUCCACAGGAUUUUCACCUCAUAAUAUGCUGGAGUGUAAAAGUCCCCAAGAGCUAGAGAGAUUUGCAGACGAAAAUAUUCGCCCUGCCUCGGGUCCUCUGAGUGCUGCUUGUGUUGCUGAGAUUGGCGCCUUCACCGAGCUGAUCCAGGGCUGCUUUCCGGCGCCGGCCUCCCGAGUGAUCCAGGGCGGGUCUUACACCAAGGGGACGGACACUCAAGGAUGCUCUGAGGUUGACAUAGUGCUGUUUAGCGAUGUGUUUGCCAAUGUGAACAACUGCAAGAAACAAUUGAGAGAAGGGUUGGAUGUCCUGAGAAAAAACCUGAAGCAAACUUCACGUGGGAACAGGAUCAUAAUGAAGAAGAGAACAUCAUUGUCUUUAAGAUUCAAUUUUUUGUGUAUUGAAAGUCUUCACAGUCAUUCUUUUGAGAUCAUGGCCUAUUAUGAUGUCUUGGGGCCUUCACCCUCCAAAGAUUUAAAGCUUCACCUUUACCGCAAACUAUACCUCUGUAAUGACAUUGAGGAGGCACAGCUGUGUGCCUUGGCCCUCUUGCCGUACCAAGUGGAUUUUGUCAAGGCGUCUAUUGUGAGGGUGAAGGAGCUCAUUCGUUUAAUGACACAUUGGUUCAAGACAUCAUUUGCCAAGCCUACUGAGAAAAAUAAAUUCCGAAGACUUCCCUCCUCCUACGCGGUGGAGCUCCUCAGCAUUUACAUCUGGGAACUGGCGGGAAAGCCACUGCUCUUCAGCCUGGUGCAGGGGAUGAGGGCGGUCCUCAAACUUUUGGUUCGAUAUGCAGAAAUCGACAUUGUUUGGCACAGACACUAUCAUUCCAAGUUCCCCAUUUUUGUAAAGGUUAAGCAGAAACACACAAGGCCAUUCAUUUUAGACCCCGUGAAUCCCACUGUCAAUGUGUGUGACACCUGCAAUGCCUGGGACGAGGUUGCCCGUGUGGCACGAUGCAGCCUGUGCCAGCCUCUUUUCAGUGGCGUGAGAGCCAAGCCCCCCUGGCUUUUCACAGACGACUGGUAUUAGCAGCCGCUGAUAAUGAAAGCCAGGGCCCACCGGAAAUAGACCGGAGGAAAUUUCCUGACCCACUUGCGUAACAAAAUUCACCAGCACUAAAGUGUGACUUCAGAGUAAUGCGAGGGAUUAGGGUUUUCCACACAGCAGGACUCUUACAUAUAAAUGAGCACCGUCCCGCUCAGGAGAGUCUGCGGGGAAGCUGCACGCUCGUUCCAGUGUGGGAUUGGUCUGGAAGCAUUUUGGGGUUUCCCCUCUGGGGAGAAAGUUCUUUUGAACAUCCUUAGUGGUGGCUAAGUUUGUCCUUUGAGGAUGGAUUUGAUUUUUGGAAAUGAUACAAUGUAUUCAUAGUAUACAUCUGCUGUUGUUUUCUACCCAGAAACCUCUUUUCCCCCAACUUUUGGUAGGAGAACACCAUUUUCUUCUAUUGUUCAGUCUGUAUCUGAAGGCUUUCAAGGAGGAAAUAGUUUUUAAAAUGUCUGGUGAAAUGGCCAAUUUUUCCCUUGGUAACUGAACCCAUAUUUCGCUUGGGUAACUAACUCCUUCUCCUCCACCAGCUCUAAGUUGUUU